ACAUCUUUUGAAUAUAGUCUCAACUCAGUGAGGUGCAAAUAUCCUUAGUUACAAUACGAAAGUCUUUUUUCAUCGCAUUCAUAGUUGAAAAAUAUUGUGCAACACGGAAAUCUGAAUAUUAUUUAAAAAAGAUACUAUAAUGGACUUACAAGAGUUUAGCUUUCGAGGCAAAGAAAUGAUUGAUUAUAUAUGCGAAUUUAUGAGCAAUAUACAUAGGAGAAGAGUUACCCCUGACGUUGAACCAGGAUAUUUGCGACCUCUGUUACCUGCAGAACCUCCAGAACAGCCUGAAUCAUGGGAAGUUAUAAUGGAUGACGUGGAAAAGAAGAUAAUGCCUGGCAUAACACAUUGGCAACAUCCAAGGUUUCAUGCCUACUUCCCAUCAGGAAAUUCUUUUCCUUCUAUUCUCGGUGAUAUGUUAUCUGAUGCUAUAGGAUGCAUUGGAUUUUCAUGGGCAGCCUCUCCUGCAUGUACGGAAUUAGAGACUAUCGUCUGUGAUUGGCUAGGCAAAGCUAUUGGAUUACCAAGCGAUUUUUUGUACUUCAGCGAUGGUAGUCGAGGUGGGGGUGUUCUUCAGGGAUCUGCAUCCGAAUGCAUAUUAGUAUCAAUGUUGGCAGCAAGAGCCCAAGCGAUUGCUAGAUUAAAAGAAAUGACAACUUAUGAAAAUCAAGAUGAGACAGUAUUACUGGGAAAAUUAAUGGCCUAUUGUAGCAGAGAAAGUCACAGUUGUGUCGAAAAAAAUGCUAUGAUAUCAUUUGUUAAAUUACGAAUUCUUGAACCAGACUCUGAAAGUAUUUUGCGAGGUACAACUUUGAAGCAGGCUAUGGAGGCUGAUAUAGCUGAAGGAUACGUACCAUUUUUUGUCUCAAUAACUCUCGGUACAACAGCUUGCUGUUCUUUUGAUGAUCUGCAACAAAUUGGCCUAAUAUGUCAACAAUACUCUGGUAUUUGGCUUCAUGUUGAUGCAGCUUAUGCAGGAAAUGCAUUCAUAUGCCCAGAACUACAAUAUCUUCUAGCUGGUAUAGAGUUUGCAGAUUCAUUCAAUAUGAAUCCAAAUAAAUUUUUAUUAACAAAUUUUGACUGUUCAAUGCUUUGGGUGAAAGAUAGGUUCAAAUUGACCAGUGCGUUAGUUGUAGAUCCACUUUAUCUGCAACACACUCAUGUUGACACAGCUAUCGACUACAGACAUUGGAGCAUACCAUUGAGUCGCCGAUUUCGUUCCUUGAAACUAUGGUUCGUGAUACGAAACUAUGGGAUAUCAGGUUUACAGAAAUAUAUCAGGAAUCAUAUAAAAUUGGCAAAACGAUUCGAGUCAUUGGUAAAAAAAGACAGUAGAUUUGAAUUGUGCAAUAAAGUUGUGCUUGGAUUAGUAUGUUUUCGGAUAAAGGGAUCUGACACAUUGAAUCAAAAAUUUUUAAGUGCAAUUAAUGCAUCUGGGAAGUUACAUAUGGUUCCAGCGAAAGUCAAUCAUAGAUAUACUAUAAGAUUUGCCCUAGCUGCACCUAAUGCAUCUGAUAAAGAUGUUGAUAUUGCAUGGGAAAUAGUGUCUGAAAUGUUUACUGAAAUACAAGAAUCAAAGGAUCUAAUGGAUGAUGUAUUAACAAUAAACGAAAAGAAAAGGAAAAUAACACUUGAGCAACGACGCUCAUUUUUUGUUCGUAUGGUAUCUGAUCCUGCAAUUCAACCUGGAUUUACAAAGACACCUAAUCGUUCUCAAGUGGCGACUCUUUUUAAAGAUAAUAAUAGUCCUCAAAAUACAACACAUACAUGGAUUUCUUGGCCAUUUUCGUACUUGAUGCAAACUCGAGAGACAACAGAUAAUAAUGAAUUAUCACUAAGGUUUAGACAUUUAGAUACAAUGGUUCGGCUAAAAUCAAAUAUAUCCGCUCAGAAAGGUGAUACUAAGGACGAAAUAUCAGAAUUAACUUCUAAUAAUUCAUCAUUAAUUACAUUCUACAAAAAACAUUGAACUUAUUAAACCAU